AUGCCUUCGCGUGGUCUCACAGGAGUCUGGGCUGCCGUUGAUUUCUGUCUUCUGGUUUCUGGAUUAAUUCUUAUCAUCUUCUCCCAACUGUGGGCUGGAAAGCACUUGAUGAAUAACUUUAUCAUCAGCAAGAUGAGCCUCCGCGCUGGUCUCGCUUUGGGAAUUAUGUUCGAAAUCACUUUCUUUGUAUCAGUUUUUGCCGUCACACAGCGCAGGCCACUCACGAGCGGGUUCAAGAUCCUCAACUGGGCGCUAAUCGCUGAUAGUGCAGCUUGUAUCAUCAUUGGGUCCAUUAUGUGGGUCCAAACCCUUCAAGAGCGGGCACAUUAUGAGAAGGUGUGGAUUGCAUCCGCUGUUGAGGUGCGAACGCAGCUACAAGACAAGUUUACAUGCUGCGGAUGGUUCAAUGGCACAAACAUUGCUAUUGGAGGCACGGUCUGCCACGACAACGCAACGGCAGCUGCGCUGCCGGGCUGCGUGACCCCCAUCAUCCCGAAAAUCAACGUCGUGGUUGACAAUAUUUUCACAACUAUAUACGGUUUCAUUGCUAUCACCCUGACUCUCUUCCUCGCCAGCCUUUGCCUUAUCAACCGCAGGGAAGAGGAACGGUUCAGAAGAAUCGACGAGAAACGCGGAGGGAGAGGCUUCGUGUAA